CUUCAGCAACCCUCGGGCACCGCUGCCGGCCCCCAACGAAGUGCAUCUAGGAAUCCCUCGGCCUCGGCUCUGACGCGGCUGCCCGCCUUGUUUUCCCGCUGAGCCGGCUUGCUUUGCUCCGGGCCGCGUUCCGUCCAUGGCGGAGGCCGCUCCGACCACGGCCUUCGGGCAGGCGGUGAUCGGCCCGCCGGGCUCGGGAAAGACCACGUACUGCCUGGGCAUGAGUGAGUUCCUGCGCGCGCUGGGACGGCGCGUGGCGGUGGUGAACCUGGACCCGGCGAACGAGGGGCUGCCGUACGAGUGCGCCGUGGACGUGAGCGAGCUGGUGGGGCUGGGCGACGUGAUGGACGCGCUGCGGCUAGGGCCCAACGGCGGCCUGCUGUACUGCAUGGAGUAUCUGGAAGCCAACCUGGACUGGCUGCGUGCCAAGCUCGACCCCCUCCGCGGACACUACUUCCUCUUCGACUGCCCUGGCCAGGUGGAACUCUGCACGCACCACGGCGCCCUGCGCAGCAUCUUCUCCCAGAUGGUGCAGUGGGACCUCAGGCUCACUGCUGUCCACCUCGUGGAUUCUCACUACUGCACUGACCCAGCCAAGUUCAUUUCAGUACUGUGUACCUCUUUGGCCACCAUGCUGCACGUGGAACUGCCACACGUCAAUCUCCUCUCCAAGAUGGACCUCAUUGAGCACUAUGGGAAGCUGGCCUUCAACCUGGACUACUACACAGAGGUCCUGGACCUCUCCUACCUGCUUGACCACCUGGCUUCUGACCCUUUCUUCCGCCACUACCACCAACUCAAUGAGAAACUGGUGCAGCUCAUUGAAGACUAUAGCCUGGUCUCCUUCAUCCCUCUGAACAUCCAGGAUAAGGAGAGCAUCCAGCGAGUCCUGCAGGCUGUGGAUAAAGCCAAUGGCUACUGUUUUGGGAUCCAAGAGCAGCGCAGCCUGGAGGCCAUGAUGUCUGCGGCAGUUGGAGCUGAUUUCCAUUUCUCCUCCACGCUGGGCAUCCAGGAGAAGUACCUGGCACCCUCGGACCAGUCAGUGGAGCAGGAAGCUAUGCGGCUAUAGCAACAAGCUGGGCCCUGGAGAGCAGGGUGCAUAACCCAGCACUGGGGAAAGUGGAGGCUCCCAGUGAGCAAUGGACAGCUCAGCAGGUCGCAGGCCCAAGAGCAAGUCCUCCCAGCCAGAGCUGGGAGACUGGCAAGGGAACACUCAGCUGUACAAAGGACUUCUGACCAGAAAGCCAAACGGCACCAAGCAGAGCACCCACCACACCCACCCUCAGUGGUGUCCAUCAGCUCUGGGCCCCGCCACCAGGAAGUUGGUACUAGCCCCACUCGGGCUGUGGUGGAAUGCCCUACAAUACAGGAGUUUAUUUUCUA